UUUCCAAUUCUUUUCCCUCAACCUCCAUCGCCAUCUCCAUCUAACUCACCUUGCCCCAUUCAUUUCAUUCCCUUCCUUCGACUCUUUUCGGAACCCCAACGCCUACCUUUUGUCCUUUUGUUCUUCUUUGAGUUAGGAGGACGAAGAUGGGGAAGAAGAGGAAGUCGGUGGCCACGCGCCUCGACGAGGUGGAUCGGACCAUGUACUCCACCUUCUGCACCACCGCUAACUCCCUCUCCCAUCUCUACACCCACGCCAUGAACCAACAGAAACUCUCUUUCCAAGCCGGUGAACGCCACGCUCUCGAGAAGAUGUAUCAAUGGAUUAUUAGACAACAGCAAGAAGGAACAAGGGUGACCACUGGUGAUAUAGUUGCUCAGUUGCAGAAUGAGCUUGAAUUUGGAGCAGAGGAGUCACCGGUGUCUCCAAGGCAGCCACUCCAUCAACAGAACACUCAGGCUGCAAUGCACGCUAAUUUUGGUGCGUCCGUACCCUCUAAUGCAUUUACAGCUACUCUUGUGGGACAGGGAAUGAGAAGUGCGCAACCUGAUCAACAACCAAAGAACUCUGUGUUCUCAAAUGCACUCUCUAGCCCCAUUCGCCGCAGCCUUCAGCCAUACCAUCUGGCACAGGGGAGCUGCCCUUCAAGUAAUCUCAUGUCAUCCGGGAAUGGAACCCGAAACAGUGAGAUUACUUAUCCUAGCGGCCAGAACCGGGAUACAAAUUCUUCCAACUCCAGUGAUUGCAUGGACAUGCAUGCUGAUGAUAGUCCCAGCCAUGAUUUUCCAUAUUGAUACUGUACUAAUUAGAUCAGGGAACGUAAAAGGGAAUGUUAUUUCUGAAAUCUGUCGUCAUAGUUAUGUGGUGGAAAAUGUCAAAAUUUAUUGUGGAUAGACAUCAAUUUAUUUUUUGUAAUCUUGUUCAGUUUGAAGCUUGAACCAUCAGUGAUCAGUCCACUUAAUAGGUGUAUCAGCAUAUUUCUGGUGAAAUGGUGAACUUUUCCAGACUCCCAUAACAUGCAAUCAUUGUGUCUAAUAUUUGCAUGAGAUUUUGCUUUAAGGUCGUAAAA